UCUCGCGAUGUUAGGCUGUUUUCGUGGUACUUGGGUCCCGUGGCAGUUUGCUGAAACGUGUGACUGCAGUCUUUCCGCUGAGGUGACGGAGCUGAGCAGACACGGAUUGUGUGCUGCUGUAGAGAUUUACUCAUCAUGGUGCUGUUGCACGUGUUGUUCGAACACGCGGCGGGCUACGCGCUGUAUGCCGUCAAAGAGGUGGAGGACAUAGGCAUGCUGCUACCUCAGGUGGAGCAGAGCGUGCUGAGCAUCGGAAAGUUCAACAGCAUGGUGAGCCUGGCUGCCUUCUUCCCCUUCAAGUCGGCCCAGGCUGCGCUGGAGAACAUGAACGCCAUUUCUGAAGGUGUGGUUCAUGCAGACCUGAAGUUGUUCCUAGAGACAAAUCUGCCCCUGUCUGGGAAGAAGAAAGCGGUGUUGGGCGUUUCAGAUGCAAAGAUCGGGGCAGCUUUGCAAGAAGAAUUUAGCCUAUCGAUCCAGACCGGUGGGGUGGUGGCAGAGAUAACCAGAGGUGUGCGUCUGCACUUCCACUCCCUGGUGAAGGGUCUGACUGCCCAGGCUGCCUCCAAGGCACAGCUGGGUCUUGGCCACAGCUACUCCAGAGCUAAGGUGAAGUUCAAUGUCAACAGAGUCGACAACAUGAUCAUCCAGUCCAUCGCUCUGUUGGAUCAGCUGGACAAAGAUAUCAACACUUUCUCCAUGCGUGUCCGUGAAUGGUAUGGCUACCACUUCCCAGAGCUGAUCAAGAUCGUGCCAGACAACUCAAUGUACUGUCGCCUGGCUCAGCUCAUCGGAAACCGGAAGGAGUUGUCAGAGGAAAGUCUGGAGAGCCUAGAAGAAGUGGUGAUGGACAGCGCCAAGGCUCAGGCCAUCCUGGAUGCAUCACGCUCCUCCAUGGGUAUGGACAUUUCUCCUAUUGACCUGAUCAACAUAGAGAGAUUCUCUGAUCGUGUUGUGUCUCUGGCCGCCUACCGGCUGGAGCUGCAGGAGUACCUGCGUUCCAAGAUGAGCCAGGUGGCACCAAAUCUAGCAGCCUUAAUUGGAGAAGUGGUAGGAGCGCGUUUGAUAUCCCAUGCCGGCAGCCUGACCAACCUGGCAAAGUACCCGGCCUCCACCGUUCAGAUCCUGGGAGCAGAGAAGGCCCUGUUCAGAGCCCUGAAGACUCGUGGCAACACCCCCAAGUAUGGACUAAUCUUCCAUUCAACCUUCAUCGGACGUGCUGCUGCCAAGAACAAAGGCCGCAUCUCCAGAUAUCUGGCCAACAAGUGCACAAUUGCUUCGCGCAUUGACUGUUUCUCUGAGGUACCCACAAGCGUGUUUGGUGACAAGCUGCGUUCGCAGGUGGAAGAGCGCUUGUCUUUCUAUGAGACGGGCGAUGUGCCACGGAAGAAUGUUGAUGUCAUGAAAGAGGCUGUAAAAGAGGCUACUGACGUUGCAGCAGAGAUCAAGCGGAAACUGGAGAAGAAGGAAAAGAAACGCAAGAAGCGUGAAAAGAAGUUGCAGGAACUUGAGGCAAACGAUGAAAAUGGCGACGCCGAGGUAGAGAAUGGAGAAGCGGACACCUCCAUCGUGAAGAAGAAGAAAAAGAAACAAGCGGCCGAGGAGUUGGGGGUCCAAGCAGAGGAGACCCCUGCUGCCGAGAACGGAGCAGACACCUCAGCAAAGAAGAAAAAGAAACGGAAAAGUGAGGCAGUAGAGGUCGAGGCAGAGGAAGCUCCUGCCACAGAUAAUGGAGCUGAGGAAACAGAUACUCCAGCCAAAAAGAAAAAGAAACGAAAGACUGAGACCAUGGACACAGCGCCAGCAGAAGAGGCCCCAGAAGCACCAGUUUCUGAAAAGAAAAAGAAGAAAAAAGAGAGCGCAGACGAGUGAAUGUGGUCAAAGACUGAAUCUUUAUUUUUGUGUAUAGUUUUUUUUACUUUAAACUCAAGCUAGUUCAUGUAAGCAGCUUUAUGUUCAGUCUUUUUCUUUAGCAACAUCAAAGCAGGUUGGACUGCCAACAAAUACUUAUAACUGUGCCUUGAAGUCAAUGAAUAUUACUUGUGUAAAUAUUGUCUCAAUAAACCAUUUGUCAGGUAAA